UCCCCUCUUCUGCAGCAGACAGCACUAGCUCCUCUAAUCCUCUUGCUUCCCCCUCCCCCAAACUUUUCUUGGGGAAUAACAAAUAUAGCUUUGGGGAUAAUAUAGCUUUAAGACGACUUUUGGCAAAUGUAAAUGUCCUAACAUCUGGGCAGUGUUACCAGAAUCCCGGAGGCCCUGACAGACCAGGAGCCACUGGUUCUAGGAAUGUUAAAGUAGAAGGGCUUUUGCCCACCCCCGACUGAUGAGAGGAGCAGAGAGCAAAGAAAAAGAGGAGAGAUGAACGAGACCACAAAAAUCAUAAAAUAAAAAGCAGAUGUCAUAUGCCUGCUUCCUCUCAAUUUUGGGAGUUCAUAGCUGGUUCUUCUCUGAAAGUCAUUCCCCCUUAUCCUGGUACUUCUGGCCACAUAGCCCUAGCCUCAUUUUCUGAAGCUUCCCUGUCGACGAUGAUGACUGGUCCACUGACUCAGAGAGGUGCUCUCUCACUGCUGCUCCUCCUAAUGCCCGCAGUGACACCAACAUGGUACGCAGGCUCAGGUUACUCUCCAGAUGAAAGCUACAAUGAAGUAUAUGCAGAAGAGGUCCCCGCUGCCCGUACCCGUGCCCUGGACUACAGAGUCCCCCGAUGGUGUUACACAUUGAAUAUCCAGGAUGGAGAAGCCACAUGCUACUCACCAAGGGGAGGAAAUUAUCACAGUAGCCUAGGCACACGUUGCGAGCUCUCCUGUGACCGGGGCUUUCGAUUGAUUGGACGGAAGUCAGUGCAAUGUUUGCCAAGCCGGCGUUGGUCUGGAACUGCCUACUGCAGGCAGAUAAGGUGCCACACACUGCCAUUCAUCACUAGUGGCACCUACACCUGCACCAAUGGAAUGCUGCUUGACUCCCGUUGUGACUAUAGCUGUUCUAGUGGCUACCACCUAGAAGGAGAUCACAGCCGCAUCUGCAUGGAAGAUGGGCGAUGGAGUGGAGGCGAGCCUGUAUGUGUAGACAUAGAUCCACCCAAGAUCCGUUGUCCUCACUCUCGUGAGAAAAUGGCAGAGCCAGAGAAACUAACUGCUCGAGUAUACUGGGACCCACCAUUAGUGAAAGAUUCUGCUGAUGGUACCAUCACCAGGGUGACACUUCGGGGUCCAGAGCCUGGUUCUCACUUCCCUGAAGGAGAACAUGUGAUUCGUUAUACUGCCUAUGACCGAGCCUACAACCGGGCCAGCUGCAAAUUCAUUGUAAAAGUACAAGUGAGACGCUGUCCCAUUCUGAAGCCACCACAGCACGGCUACCUCACCUGCAGCUCAGCGGGGGACAACUAUGGUGCCAUCUGUGAAUACCACUGUGAUGGUGGUUAUGAACGCCAGGGGACCCCAUCCCGAGUUUGCCAGUCAAGUCGACAGUGGUCAGGAUCACCACCUGUUUGUACUCCUAUGAAGAUUAAUGUCAAUGUUAACUCAGCUGCUGGCCUCCUGGAUCAGUUCUAUGAAAAACAGCGACUCCUCAUAGUCUCUGCUCCUGAUCCCUCCAAUCGAUACUACAAAAUGCAAAUCUCUAUGCUGCAGCAAUCCACCUGUGGACUUGACCUGCGGCAUGUGACCAUUAUUGAGCUGGUGGGACAGCCACCUCAGGAGGUGGGGCGCAUCCGGGAGCAACAACUAUCAGCAGGCAUCAUUGAGGAGCUCAGGCAAUUCCAGCGCCUCACUCGUUCCUACUUCAACAUGGUGUUAAUUGACAAGCAGGGUAUUGACCGGGAACGCUACAUGGAACCUGUCACCCCUGAGGAAAUCUUCACAUUCAUCGAUGACUACCUGCUGAGCAACGAGGAGCUGGCACGGAGAGUGGAGCAGAGGGACCUAUGCGAGUGACCUUGAGGCAGGGUGUGGUUGAGGCACCUGUCCUCCGGAGCUUAAACUGAGAGGAAAUGCUGUGCCCCCGCCCCCCCUGCACUGUUGGGAGCAGCCCUCGGGUGGGGGUGAGGUUUGCCAAAUCUAGGACAGUUCCAGGCAACAUUUUAGGGUAGAAUAUUCAUUUCCCUAAGCAAGUCUCCGUUUUGGGUAGCACUGGAGGAGCCUAUGAAACUGAGGACAUGCCCUGGGCAGUGAGUUGUAGACAGGAGUCCUUCUUCACCUGCCUGGAGCCUCUCUGUCUAGACUCUUCCCAAAGCCUUUCAGAUAAGUAAAUACCAAAUUCAUUCCUUUA